AUGAGCACAAGUACCGCCACACAGCCCCAGACCGGCGCCGUCGAGAUUCCUCUCACCCGGGGCAUCACCGUCCGGGCCAAGACCUGGGGCAACCCCGACAACGAGCGCAUUCUCGCUGUUCACGGAUGGCUCGAUAAUGCCAACUCGUUCGAUCUGAUUGCCCCGCCGCUGGCCGAGAACCACUAUGUCGUGUGCAUUGACCUGCCCGGCCACGGCGAGAGCGAUUACUACCCGCCUUACUCCAACUACUACCUCUGGGAAGCAGUGUCGGACCUGUCGCAGGUGGCCGAGGGCCUCGGCUGGGUCCAGCGUCAGGAUAACGGCCAGCUGGCGGGCAAGUUCACGCUGCUGGGCCACUCGCUCGGCGGCCACAUCAGCUUGAUGUAUGCCGGCACCUUCCCGGAGCACCUCAAGCGGCUGCUGGUGAUCGAGAGCCUGGGCCCAACCAACUUUUUGAAAGAUGAGGCCGAGGACCUCGAGAAUUUCAUCCGGACCCGACAGGCGGCCGAGGCCUCCCUGGCCAAAAAGGCUCUGUACAAGUCGAUCGAGGAGGCUUGCCAGGCCCGAACCCGCGGCCUGACCAAGAUCAGCCUCGAUGCUGCCAAGGUCCUCUGCGAGCGAGGUCUGCGCGAGGUUCCGCUCGAGGACAAGGACAAACGACAGCAGGACGGCGGAUCCGAGACCGCCGUCGACGGGCCAGAGACUUCCCAGGUUGCCUAUACCUGGACGAGCGACAAGCGGCUCCUGCUCCGUCAGUUCUUCAGGUGGAGCGAAAUCACUGUGCUGUCGUUCCUGAAGCGCAUCUCGUGCCCGGUGCUGCUGAUCAUGGGCGAGGACUCGAUCCUCUGGAAGGCGAACCAGGAGUCGUCCGAGUGGACCGACCGCCUCCGGGCCAUCGAGCAGCUCACCAAGGUUGAUCUCCCCGGCGGCCACCAUCUCCACCUCGAGGCCGAUACCAGUGCGGCCGUCGUCGAGAGUCUCCUGCGGUACCUCCAGUCGGCUUGA